UCUGGAUUUAGUUGAGCUAUUUUUCCAGGAGGAUUUAGUUGUAUUAUUGAUAGCUGUAAAUAAUUUAUUUUUCUUUUACGUUGGUUAUCAUUUUAUCAGUCAUUAUAUUCUUAAUUUAUUAUUGUAUAACUCGUCUGUAUUCAACAUGCUUACAUCUCGCACACCACUCUCUAAGAAGAAUGAAAACCAGAUCACUACUCAAAUGGAAGACAUUUCGCUUGAUGACAAAGAAAACACCCCUCCUAGCUUAAACACAACCCGCAUUCUGGCAUCAAAAACCGCGCGUAAAAUCUUUGCAGACGAUUCUGAGCCCAAAGAAGCCAAGAAGUUAUACAGUGAAGACGAACCCCUCCUUAAGGAGAAUCCACGGCGCUUUGUCAUUUUCCCCAUCAAGUACCAUGAUAUAUGGCAGAUGUACAAGAAGGCCGAAGCGUCCUUCUGGACGGCUGAGGAGGUCGAUCUGUCCAAAGACGUACAGCACUGGGAGUCCUUGAAGGAUGAGGAGCGCUACUUCAUUUCUCACGUGCUGGCAUUUUUCGCUGCUAGUGAUGGCAUUGUCAAUGAGAACCUGGUGGAGCGCUUCACUCAGGAGGUCCAGGUGACUGAAGCGAGAUGCUUCUAUGGCUUCCAGAUUGCAAUGGAGAAUAUCCAUUCAGAGAUGUACAGCCUGCUCAUUGAUACCUACAUCAAAGACCCCAAAGAGAGGGAGUACCUCUUCAAUGCCAUUGAGACCCUCCCCUGUGUAAAGAGGAAAGCGGAUUGGGCCCUGAACUGGAUUGGUGACAAAAGUGCCAUGUUUGGUGAGCGUGUUGUCGCUUUUGCUGCUGUUGAGGGGAUUUUCUUCUCUGGAUCCUUUGCUGCCAUUUUCUGGCUGAAGAAGCGGGGGCUCAUGCCUGGCCUGACCUUCUCCAAUGAGCUCAUUAGCAGAGACGAGGGUCUGCACUGUGACUUUGCCUGCCUCAUGUUCAAGCACCUGGUAAAUAAGCCCUCAAAGGAGACCGUCACCAGUCUCAUCAAGAACGCUGUGGAGAUCGAACAGGAGUUCCUCACAAAAGCUCUGCCUGUAAAGCUAAUUGGAAUGAACUGUGAUCUGAUGGCCCAGUACAUUGAGUUUGUGGCUGACCGGCUGAUGUUGGAACUGGGAUUUGACAAGAUCUACAGAGCGGAGAAUCCCUUUGACUUCAUGGAGAACAUCUCGCUGGAGGGCAAGACCAACUUCUUCGAGAAGAGAGUAGGGGAGUACCAGAGAAUGGGUGUCAUGUCGGGCACCACUGACAACACCUUCAGGCUGGACGCCGACUUCUAAUGCUCUUCCAGUCCCCUUAAAAAGGGGAGAUGAAAUGACAAACUAUGUAAACACUUGAAGAGGACACGGACCAGUCUACAGGCUACUGGGUCACCUAAACCUCCAUUCAUUCCAAUGAGUCAAAUGGCUCCCUAGUCUGUGUAGUGCACUUCACCACAUCUCUUUAGUGGUCCCUGGUUCUAGGUGCCCAGUGUGGAGGAGGUGCCAUUUGGGGCGCAGUCAUGAUCUCAUCCAAGGACAACAACUCACUUUAUUCAAAACCCACUCUGUAGGUGGUACAACUGGUUUUUAGGUUUUAUUGUGUCUUGUACAGUAUUUUAUCUUUUGUUUUUGUAAUAAAAAAUGAGCAAUCCAA